GCGCCUGCGGUGCUGCUUUGACCCUACCGCUUCUGCUUCACCUGACCCGUUCUUCCUCGCCACCCACGUGGUGUCUUCCAUAAAAAACAAUAAAAGCAAGCUUACACACCCAAGUUUUUUUUUUCUGCCUCACUGCGUUGCGUGGAGUGUUCUUCGAGCGCGAAGGAAGACGUCAACAGAAGUACUUUUCUUGCUUGGACACUUACUCCCUGCUUGCGUUACUUGACGUCGGUAUCCCUGCUUCUCGUUUUCGCUACGGCUGCUGGCAAUGGCAUUGCAACGGACGGCGCACGAUGCGUGCUCGCGCAAGAUACACUGCGUUCGCAAGCACUACCUGGACGAUCCUUUUGUCACCUUUUUUGCCAAGGAUGAGACCAUUGUGAAUAGCCCGCUGAUGAAUCGCGGCACGUGGCUCCGCGCGAUGGCCAUCGAGAACUGUGUGAAGGGCUUCGCCGCCGCCGCGGGGCAGCCGGUUCAGGUGAUAAACUUCGGCGCUGGCAUGGACACGCUCUUCUUUCGGCUGAAGCAGGCAAAUCCGGACUUUCCGGUGAGGAAGUUUGUAGAGCUUGACUUUGCGGAUCUCGUGGCGGAGAAAGAGCGCAUAAUUCGCCGCCAUGCUGAGCUGAGCUCGCUAGUGCAGUCUGAAUACGUCAUCGCUUCCUGCAACCUGUACGAUGCGAAGGGUGUGGCUGAGGUGCUCAAGCAACAUUUGCAGAGUGGCAUUCCCACCAUUAUGCUGGCCGAGAUGGUCUUUGUAUACAUAGAGGGCUCCGUUACAACGGAGCUCCUCAAGACGGUGAUGUCAGAUGUGAUUGGUCUCGACACGAACACGAUGCUCGUGACAUACGACGCAAUCGAGCCCUUUGACCGCUUCGGCAAGGUGAUGGUGGAGAACUUGCAGCAGUUUGGCGCCGAGUUCAAAGGCAUUGCUGACUUCCCCACAACGGAGGCGCAUGCGCAGCGGUGCAGGGACCUCGGCUUCAAAACGGUGACGGCGGUAACUAUGAAGAGUCUGUACCUUAGUGUCCCGCGCAAACUUCAAAUUGGCCUCAACAAACUUGAGAUGAUCGACGACUGGGAGGAGUGGAACCUGGUGCACGAGCACUACGGCUUCGUUGUCGCCUCCACCGAGGACGCGCCUUUACCCAAGCUUUUCUGA